GCCGAAGCGAGCCGUUGACCACCUCCGGGACCCCCUCCACUGAAAUUUGGCGCCCAGACGAGCAAAUUCUCGGGGCCGUUAUCGGAACGCCCGAUAGGGAGGAGAGAGGGGUACCACGGCGGGGUGGAAAGUUACCGGCAGAGUUGAGGCAAGCCGCCAAAAGAGACCGCAUACGCAAACCAAGUCGCCCCGACAGUCACCGUUUUGCUGAGAUUCUGCCUGGCGAGAGAGCAGGAAUUUCCCGGCGGAUCCUCGCAAUUACCCAGUCUCACAGUCGCACAGUCGCGGCCGCACAGCACACAGACAAGAUGGCUUCGCAACACAAGGUGCUCAUGCUCGGCGCGGGCUUCGUGACGCGACCCACCCUCGACAUCCUCAGCGAGGCUGGCAUCUCGGUGACCGUUGCCUGCCGCACGCUCGCCAGCGCCCAGAAGCUCUCGGCCGGCGUCAAGAACGCGCAUCCCAUCUCGCUCGACGUGUCCGACGACCAGGCGCUGGACGCCGAGGUGGCCAAGCACGACCUCGUCAUCAGCCUGAUCCCCUACACCUUCCACGCCACCGUCAUCAAGUCGGCCAUCCGCAACAAGAAGAAUGUCGUUACGACGAGCUACGUGUCGCCCGCCAUGCUCGAGCUCGACGCCGAGGCCAAGGCUGCCGGCAUCACCGUGAUGAACGAGAUCGGCCUGGACCCGGGCAUCGACCACCUUUACGCCAUCAAGACCAUCGACGAGGUGCACCAGGCCGGCGGUAAGAUCCUCAGCUUCCUGUCGUAUUGCGGCGGCCUGCCCGCGCCCGAGGACUCGGACAAUCCGCUCGGCUACAAGUUUUCGUGGUCGUCGCGCGGCGUGCUGCUGGCGCUGCGCAACGCCGGCAAGUGGUGGCAGGACGGCUCCGUCGUCGAGGUGGCUGGCAAGGACCUGAUGAAGACGGCCAAGCCCUACUUCAUCUACCCGGGCUUCGCCUUCGUCGCCUACCCGAACCGCGACUCGACUGCGUACAAGGAGCGCUACCGCAUCCCCGAGGCCCAGACCGUCAUCCGCGGCACCCUGCGCUACCAGGGCUUCCCGCAGUUCAUCAAGGUGCUCGUCGACAUCGGCUUCCUUGAGGACGCGCCGCUCGAUAUUCUCUCGCGCGCCGUGCCGUGGAAGGAGGCCACGCAGGCCGUCAUCGGGGCACCGUCGUCCUCCGCCGCCGACCUCGAGGCGACCAUUCUGUCCAAAGCGACGUUCGAGUCGGAGGAGGACAAGCGGCGCAUCCUGUCGGGCCUCCGCUGGAUCGGCCUGUUCUCGGACGAGGCCAUCACGCCCAAGGGCAACCCGCUCGACACGCUGUGCGCGACGCUCGAGCGCAAGAUGCAGUACGAGGAGGGCGAGCGCGACCUGGUCAUGCUGCAGCACAAGUUCGAGAUCGAGCACAAGGACGGCUCGCGCGAGACGCGCACCUCGACGCUGUGCGAGUACGGCGACCCCAAGGGCUACUCGGCCAUGGCCAAGCUGGUCGGCGUCCCCUGCGCGGUCGCCGUCAAGCAGGUCCUCAGCGGGCAGAUCGCCGGCAAGGGCAUCCUGGCGCCCAUGAGCGCCGAGAUCUGCCAGCCGCUGAUGAAGGAGCUCGACGAGAAGUACGGCAUCAGGAUGGUGGAGAAGACCGUCUCGUGAGCUGGGGGCUUGGGUCUCUGUGGGAAAAAAAGAGCGGGAUCUGAAAAUAGAUGAGGAAUGAGGAUAGAAAAAAGACAAUGACUCCCAUGGACUGUUGCUGCGCCGUUCAUGAGCGAAGCAUGCUGAUGAUGGCCAAGUGUGAAAUUAAAAUCCUUAUCGUCGCCUAACAAUGGAAGAAAGUCAUCCCUGCCAAAUC